GACUGUACAUUCCUCAUAUUCCUGGGCUCGAGCGCAGAGGAACGCGGCGACGACGCGACACGAGCCGAAAACACGACGGAUUUCUACACCUCAUGACACUUUCCAAGGCCACGUAAGGUCGAUGUUGGGUCGUGGCGUGAAGCGAAAGUGGAGCUGCUUGGAGGAGCUGGAGGGCGAGGUGGUCCCCGCCGCUGUGACGGAGGAAAAGGAACAGGAUGGGGAGGAGGACAGGGAGGACGAGGGCGGGGUCCUCGUGGGUCCGUCCAAAUCGGAAAUGAGCCACCUGCAGCAGCGUCAGCUGGUGCUCGGCCUCUGCCUGGAGAAGCUCCAGCGCUACCAGGCCGGGAUGGAGCUCAGCCUUCGACGCUCCGUGCUGCUCGUCAACACUCUCAGGCAGAUCCAGGAGGACAUGCGGAGCGACGGGGUGGGAACCAGCAGCCCGGACGUACUCCUCAACGGCGUCCACCCUGACUCCUGUCUUCUCAGGGACGACUUCAGGGAGGACAUGCCGGUUACGUGCCCCGGGUGUGCGGAGGGCGAUGGGGACAAUCUGUCUCUGUCUCCACCGCUGUCCCCUGAAUUUCCCUCUCAGGAGGAAAACGGCUCGCCCGACCAGCAGAAAUCACUGUCCGCUGCCACGAUCAGUGCUUUUAGUGAUGCAGUAAAUGCCAUGGGCUACCUCAGCGACCUCGCCAUGGACGACAUCUUUGAGGACAUUGACACAUCAAUGUACGAGACUUCAGAGCUGCCCUCUGCCUGGGCGUCGGGCUCUCUGUGGCCCGUCAGCGUGUCUCUCUGGGCGGAUGAGGACGUGAAAGUGCGCUCUUCCAGCCACGGCUCACCUGGGAGCCUUCAGUCGUGUCUGAUGGACCUGAACGAGCUGGACCACAUCAUGGAGAUUCUAGUAAAGUGCUGAUCACCAAGACAGACUCAUGAACAUUUACUGUUCUUGGUUGAUCAAGGAUUUGGAAUCUGAUCGCAGCUGCUCUGAGGACUGAGGACGCUGGGAGGGGAGACGGGGAACAAAGACUGAUUUGAGGGUCGAUGAGCUUUUACGUGACCUUGUUGCUUUUACGUGAUAUUUUAAGGCUCCAUCUGACAUUUCGGUUGAAAAUCCGAGACUUCAGCUACUUUUAGGUAGAAUAAAACACUAAUUCUUAUGCAUGUGCCUCAUUCAUAAGGAACCAUCAGGCGACUUGAUUUAUGUCUCGUUAUAUUAGAAAAACAUCCACUUUAAAACACUUUUACACUGUUUAUUUUUUUUUUUUGGUCAUCACUCAGAAAGCAGUCGGCCAAUUUAACAGUUUAGUUGAUUUACAGAAAUUUAAUCAGCAACAAUUUUGAUAAUUAAUUAGCUAAGUCAUCCGUCAAGCAAAAAUGCUAAAUUUAGCCUCUCACAAGAUAUUUUUAUGAGCCAAAUGAUUAAUCAGUGAUUUAAGGAAGUAAUUAGCAGAUUAAUCAGUGAAAAUUUUAAAAUUAAACUGCAGCUUUACAGCAAUCGGGUAACUUUCCACGGUGGCUGAGGCAUGUCUAUACAAAGUCGGUGCACCAAAGGAAUACUGCAACACUUGUGAGGGAAGUGUUGUAAGAGACACGACUGGACGUCACAGCUUGGUGCCAUGUUACAGUGUAAGAGUGUCUAAGGUGGAUUUUCCCUCCUUCAGUAAAACUAGAUUCAGGUGGAGCCUUAAGUUUCUCAAGCGCUGACGCCAUUUUUCUGUCUUGUUUCGUCAAGUUUGGGUAAAAGCAGCAGAAACAGCAGCUCAGGAAGAAGGAACCUGAGCUGCCGUGGGCUGUGCGUCACCCGGGCUGUUAUAUCAGACCUGGGUUGAUUAUUAAUUGAAAUCCCUUCAAUUACUUAAGAGGGUGUGCUUCAGCCAGCCAGGAGGGCAAAGGCCUGGGUUUCCCUUCAGUACUGGGACUGAAUGCUUUUUAUUGCAGCGUCUUUAAAUCUGAAACGGACAUCAGCCAAAGACUCCUGGUGGCUGCGGUCGUCCAGCAGUCAGAGGAUGAACCGUCUGCAUCUGUUCGGCUGGUGAAACAGAGAACGUGGCCUCUGAAUUUAUUUGGGGAUUUACCAGCCAAAGAAGUAAGCUCCCAAUCCCCGGAGAUGAACGCCACGCCAGUCACGUCGUGUCACGAGAGGCGGGAAAAUGGGACGACAUCUCGGUUUGACAGAGGAAGGGUAAAAUGUUUAACUCGUUGGAAUGCCUUCAUCUAAUAUUAUUCUUAUUUAUGAAUGAAAAAUCAACCACAAACUGCAGCAGAUAUUACUUGUGCUUUGUAUGUAGAGUCUAUUAUCGGGUGUGAGUGUAACUUGUGAUUUCGAUCUUCCACGGCUGCCAUGUCCACUGCUUUUCUUUUUUCUUUUUCCUCGGCCCUCUUGUUCCAUUUGUGACGCCAAACGGGACAAACUGUCGGAGCCUGUACAAGAAUUCUACUCGUCCUUUCACCAUGAGGAUGACGUGAACGGUUAUUCCUCGUCGGCAGCUCGUAUUUUACGGUAAAUCCAACGUGACAUGAACGCAGCAUAGAACAUGUACUUUAAACAGUAAUGUAAUCCCAGUCUGGUUCUGACCGAAGUCAACAGUCAGGACAACUUUGCCAUGUCUCAGAAUUGUAAAUGACAACAGAAGCCUAUGUAUUUUUAUGGCCUUGAUGGUGUGAAUUUUUAUUAGAAAUGUUGGGAGUUGUUUUUUUGUUUUUUAAAAACAGUUUUAUAUGUGUUUCUACCUGAAACUCCAAUCUCCUGUCCAGUAGAAGAGAUACAGUGAGUCGAAGGUCGCGAUGAAUCAGAUGCUUGACCUUCGCUUUCUGUGGUUUACUCCUGUUCUACCUCCUGAUGUCUGUCUGUUGUCAGUCAACCUGGACACUCCUGUUUUACACCAUGAGCCAUAGACCAAUCUGUUACUGAUAGAAACAGUUUGGUGUUGUUUAUUUCACUGUUUGAUCUCGGCUGAAAAUCCAGCGCUGCCCUGUCAGGCCAAAGUAAUCCGUCCUCAUCUUCAUCUCUGGUCUCAUGUCGACGACGUGCCUUACUACCGAACCUAAUGUUCGUUCGGGUUGGGGUGUUUGUGGCCGUGGAGCUCGAGCUUCAUUGAUAAAAACCUAAGAACCGUGAUGGGGUGUUACGUAAAGCACUCAGAGCCAGAACCAUCAUCGUUCCUUCCCUCUUCUUGGCCUCAGUGAGCACCACUGGCGUAUGAGCUUAACGUAUCCUGACAGGCUGAGAGUGAACUAGCUGAGGGAGGAGGUGGCAGCAAAGGCCAGGAGGGAAAAAUAAGAGGAGGAGGAGGAGGAGGACGUGGAGGAGGGGUGGGAGGAGGAGGAGGAGGAGGGGUGGGAGGAAGCAGCUUGCGUCACUCGUUCAGUAGGAGGGGUUUAGAGCUUGUUUUGCUCAGACUCAGACCACGGACCAAUCACAUGAGAUGUACGAAGAGCGCACUGCUGCUUCAACAACAACUUGUUUUUGCUCCUAAUGGUUCUGCACAGACAUACAGUGGGAAUGCGUUGGAUUUCAGCCUGUGAAAUAAACCACUUCUCUGUUUUUUUGUUUUUUUUUUGUCUCUUACGUAAUCUAUCAGACAGGACUGAAUAUAAUGAGCAGAAAGCUGCAGUGUUAUUUAUAAUUGUAUGAAAGUACAGAGUGUCAGCAGGGUCUAUGAAGCACAAGCUGUAUGUUGUUGACGCUGAUUAUGGUAUAAAUGUAACUGAAGGAUGAGUUUGCUGGGUAAUAAGAUGAUAAUUAAUAAUGUAAUGUAUUUUUUGUGGAAUAUUUUAUAGAUUUUAUUCAAUAAUAC